AGCCGUGCCGGCGCUCCAAUGAGCCUCCCCGCGCGCCGAUCAUGCCGGGCCCCAGCCUGCGGCCGAGGCAGGACACGGCGGCCGCGGGCUCUGCCGCCGCUUCCAGCCAAACCCGCGAGGGCUGGGUGGCUGGCGCGGCGAGGGAGGACCCAACGGCCUUCGGCACGGCGGCGCGACGGAAGGACCAGGACGGCGGGCAUGCCGUCAGCCCCCGAGGUGAGCGGACGCCGCGCGGCAAGGCGUGGCCGCUGCUGUCCGCGAGUCUCCGCGCCGUUCCCGAGGCGGCCGACGAGGACAACGAGGACGCUCGGCUGCGCGCCCUGCAGGGCCUGCCCGAGACCGCGCGGGAGGCCGCGCUCGGGUCCAUGCUGGUCGGCGGCCUGGUCCCGUGCGGCCCCCUCCCGGAGGGCUCCACCUCGGGGGGGGGAGGGGGUUCGAGUCGAGGCGCGGACCGCAGGCGGGCUGGUGAGCAGCCCCUCAGACGCCUGGCCCUCGACCCUGGGCACCCUGUUCCUCGCCCUGGAGCCAGUCGGGGCCGAUUGGAGCACGUCGUUCAGCGACAGCGACGUGGAAUGCCGAAAGGGGGGCGGGCUCGACGAGAACGAGGCCUGGAGCACGCCAGACUUCGACGAGGAGUUCGAGUGAGGGGCAGCUCCGUUCAGCUGGCCAGGCAUGCGUGAGGUUGUUGUGGGAAGAUGAGCAUCGGCAGAAUGUUUCCGCCUUCCCCAGCGAAGCGGGCCUCAGGAUGGCACUGCCUGCACGCAAUGCGCGUGCCAUCGAUAUGGCACGCCCUGAUGGGGUGUUGUGUGAUGUAGAGCGUCCCUGACAUCUGUACGAUGUGAACAAACACUGCAGGCAUAUUGUCCAGUUUCGCACCUGGGGGUUCUCAUGUAUCCUUGUGGCUUGAGGGAAUCCGACUGCGGAUGCGGUUUUUGCUUUCCCGACGUCGGAUGUCAGUGCAUGUGAUAUCGGGCGACGAGAUCUAUACGUAUUCACUGCUCCUGGCCAUCAUUUUGGAUCCGUGAGCGGCGUACAUGCCUCUUUGGCCAGGCCAGGCGCUCGUAUACACCGCUCCUGGUUUCAGGAUGGGCCCGGUCAGGGGCAGGGGAUAGGUAUAGUUACCGUUUUUUUGUGACAGAGCGUGUUCGGUGCAAUUUCCAUGCAGACGUCUGCGCAACUGGGGAACCUGUUUGGGCGAAUCGAGAUGCCGAGGAGUCCGUCCUCCAUUCUGCCCUGCAGGCUUCUCUGGCUCGCGGGGCCCUUGCUCUUUCAUACUCGUCUUCAGCUGGCCGUGUCUUGAGCCUGCUGCUGCGGGUAUUUCUGCAACGCUGCCCUUCGUGAGGCAGAGCACUGUUCACCCGCAGUGCGAACUGCCUGGCGGCUGCUAUAUCUACGCGGCCCUGCCGACCGAGUCAAUUGAGCAGGCGUUGCCCCUUGCGAUUGUUCGGAACUAGGAUUGUAUUCUUGUGCUGCGCCGUGUGGAAGACGACCCUGACAGGGUUGAACACCACCGGUCGGCGCCAACGGAUUUUGGCCGUUUGCAUGCUUCGUAGAUCCACGCCUCCUAGAUGAGGGUGGAGUGUCCAGGUGCCUGCGGCAACUCCCGCCACCGUGCCAGUCCACCGCCACCGUGUAUUGCUCGAUUGGGCACGCCUGACCGUCACAUGUGACACCUCGUGUCCCCAACAUUUUGUUCUCUUGGCCUCGUCCAUCCCCCUCUCCCU